AUGUGUAAUCCUCAAGUAACUAAUAUUAUUGGUAUGGAUAAUUUGGCUGUCAUUUCUGAAGAUAACCAACAUAUAAUAGAUACUGUCCUCUCUGCUAAGCACAUAAUAGAGCCUUUUAAUAAUACUACUAAAACGGAGAUAAAUUUCUCUCCGAUUAAAAACAUUAGCCUCCUUGAUUCAUAUGGUAAGCACCUGCCAGAUGGAGCAGGAAGUUGCUUUUAUCAAAAUAAGUCUGAUCCAAUUUUACAAAAAUCAUUAGACUGCAAAUUUACUUUUGGUGAUCAAGCUAAUUUAUUAUUAAAGAGUAAAAUACAUAAUAACUUAGUUGAAGCUCAAGCUAAUAUUAAUAAUAUUCCUAUAAUGAUUUAUAAAAUUGCAGAGAAAUUUCUUGCCGAUAAUGAGGUAGUGCUAUUCUUACAGAAAUAUAUCAAAGGUGGUUAUAUUAGAACAGGAGAGCUUAAUUUAAAUUUUGAUAAUAGUGUUUUAAAUCAACCCAUUCCGGAAACUGCAAUGAACGGUAAAUUACGCAUUAUAGAUUUGGAAUAUCAGUAUGAUCCAGACUUCCCCGCUCUUAAAAAAGCAGAUACAGAGAUUACGAUAGCUGGAUCAAAAGUUAACUUUGUUGUAAACCAAGCAUACAGUAGUGAUAGCCUUCUUUCUGGGUUAAUAACUUUUGAAUGGACAGGAAUGGAAAACUCAUACUUUACCGUCCACGCUAAUGCUAAGGGAGAAGUAAUAGAUUUAAUUGAUUUUAUCUCCGCUGAAGAUUAUAAAAAAACAAAAACCCAAGGGAUAGAUCUUAAAAAGAUUACAGGGCAAGCCAAUUCUAAAAUUCAAAUAUUAAUCCCCACUAAUCCAAAUAUCAAAAAUACCUAUAAUAUCUCUAGUGUGAUUACUAACGCUAAUUUGACCGUAUUUGACGACAAUAUUAUAUUAAAAAAUGCCAAAAUAACUGGCUUAUUUGACGGAGAUAAGAUAUUAGUAGCUGGGGUAGGAAAAAUUAACAAUAAUAAUAGUGAUUUUUUAUAUCAGCAUAAUAUUAGGGUUAAUAAAAAAGAUAAUUAUGAUCAGCUAUUAAGUAUUAAAACUACCAUUUCUGGAAAUAAUCAACAAUUGGGAAUAAUAAAGUUACUUGCAGGUAGCACUCUUCUAGAUUUUGAAUAUAAGACAAAAAAUAAUGGAGAAUCUAUAAUUUCUGCUAAGGCAAAUCUAAAAAAUUUAGCAUUUUAUAUUGAUAAAAUUUCUAUUCAUAAAAGACUUGGGAAGGAAGCCAAAUUAACUUUGUUAGGAAAUUUAGACAAUAAUUUUAAAGACGGACUUAAUUUUAACCUUACCGGAGAGAACAAUUUAAAAAUUAUUGGUAAAGUUACACUACCAAAUAAUAAAUAUAAUAUUACUUUGCCAGUAAUUAGUUAUGGGAAUACUAAUUUAACCGGUAAAUUGCUAUUAGAUAAAGAUAAUUUAAAUGCGGAAAUCCAGGGGAAACAAUUGGACUUGUCUCAUUCUAAUAUGAUGCAAUUUUUAGAAAAAGCCGCAGAUACCAAAAAUAUUCAUUUGAAAGUGGGUAUAGAAAAAAUUCGACUGCAAAAUAAUAUAUGCCUUAACGAUUUUAACUUGCAAAUUGACUGUAGUAAAACGAAAUGCUUCUCGGGAUCUUUGUCCUCCAAAAUAGGCACUAAAUCUUUAGAAAUGUCACUUACUGAUAAGCAAGAUAAAGAACAAUGGUUUGUUAGCUGUAAUAAUGCGGGUGCUCUAUUUAAGGGUAUAGGCAUGUAUAACAAUAUGAAAAAUGGCACCGUCAAUUUGAACCUUGAAACCAAAAGGCAAGAAGUUAAAAAAGGUGAAAUAAUACCGAUUUUAAACGGGACAUUUGAUAUAAAGCAGUUUAUUAUUACAGAUAUGUCUUUUCUUACUAGAAUAGUAUCAUUUGUUUCGUUUCCUGGUUUUAUGAGCUUUAUCUUAAACAACAAAAAUAUUAUGUUUACUAAUAUGCAUGGGCAGUUUAGUUACAUAGGUAAUACCGUUAAAAUCACUAACAGUGCAGCUGAAGGCCCCUUCUUUGAUUUUACAAUGCAAGGUAUAAUUGAUACGGAUAGGCGUCAAAUAAAACUUAAAGGAAACGUUAUACCAUCAUUCUUUUUUAUGAGUAACAUUAUCACUAAAAUUCCAAUCAUUGGUAAAAUAUUUUCAAAGGUAGCACCUUACUCCAUUGAACUAGAAUAUAAGGAAUAAAUGUUGAGUAAAUAUGGAACCAAACAUUCUCUCCCUUGCUGAUAUUGACCCUUAUCUUGAUCUUGCACAAGCAAUUUUACGAAUUAAAAGAGAAAAAAAUGCGGUAAUUCUUGCUCACUAUUAUCAAGACCCUGAGAUCCAAGAUAUUGCGGAUUUUAUUGGAGAUUCAUUAGAAUUGUCUAAGAAAGCCUCUAUGACUUCAGCUAAUAUAAUAGUUUUUUGCGGGGUGAAGUUUAUGGCAGAAGCAGCUUACAUCCUUAAUCCUCUUAAGAAAGUCUUACUGCCAGAUUUGAAAGCCGGCUGUUCACUAGAAGAAUCCUGCCAGGCUGAAGAUUUUAGUAAAUUUAGGGAAGAAAACCCGGGAUAUAUCGCUCUAACUUAUAUUAAUUGCUCUGCUGAGGUAAAAGCUUUAUCUGAUAUUAUAGUUACCUCCUCUAGUGCAGAAAAAAUAAUUAAUUCGAUACCGCAAGAUCAGCCUAUCCUUUUUGCUCCGGAUAAACAUUUAGGAAAUUACCUAAUAAAAAAGACAAACAGACCAAUGAAAUUGUGGAAUGGUUCAUGUAUUGUCCAUGAGAAUUUUUCCGAAAGAGAGCUAAUUAAGCUGCGUGUAAAUAGUCCUUUAGCUCAAAUUAUUGCGCACCCUGAGUGCCCAGAGAAUUUAUUAAGAUAUGCAGAUUAUAUAGGGUCUACCUCUGCUCUACUUAAAUAUGUAGCAGCUAAUAAUGGAGUAGAAUUUAUUGUGCUCACCGAACCGGGAAUUAUUCAUCAAAUGCAAAUACAGAGUCCAGAUAGCAAAUUUUACGAGGUAUCUUCUACUAAUCAAGCAGGUUGUAGUAGUUGUAGUAAUUGCCCUCAUAUGAAGAUUAACACUCUGGAGAAAUUAUACCUUUGUAUGGUUAACGAAUAUCCUGAAAUUAAAUUAGAGAAUGAGAUAGUAAUGAAAGCCAGAAGAUCUUUAGAUAGAAUGCUAGAGUUAAGUAAAUAAGUUAAUGUGAUAUAACUUAUUUAUAUUAAAUUUAGGUUAAUUAGUACUGAGGUUAAGCUUGCAAGAAUUGGUUAAAACUAUUACUAUGUGAAUGAAUAUAACUUAAGGCCAAUUAUGUCGAAAACAAGGCAGGACAUUUAUAAUAAUAGACCUAUUUCUCCUCAUUUAACUAUAUAUAAAAAACAGAUUAGUUCUGUUUUAUCUAUCUUCCACCGUAUUACAGGAGUAGCCUUAUUUUUAAGCAUAGCUGCAUUAGUGUGGUAUUUUAUCAUCUUAGCCUUUAAUCAAUUCAGCCCCGAAUAUGUUCAAUAUUUCAAAGGCGGCUUAUUUAAGAUAGCUUUAGUAGGGAUAAGCUUUGCUUGGUUUUAUCAUUUAUGUAAUGGGAUACGUCAUUUAAUUUGGGAUAGCGGAUAUUGUUUUUCAAUUAAAGCUAUUAAUGUGACGGGCUGGGCUGUAGUAAUAUGCUCAUUAUUGAUGACAUUAAUUUUUGGCCUAAUAAUAGUUUUAUAGUUUGAGAAAAUAAUGAUUGAUGAUUUAAGAACAGACCUAGCAAAAGCUAAAGGGGAAGGGACAGCAAAAAGUGGCGCUAGUCAUUGGUGGUACCAAAGAAUAACCGCUAUUAUUUUACUACUUUGUUCUAUCUGGCUAAUAUUUACUAUAAAACAAAUUAUUAAUAAGGAUUUAACCGCUAUUAUUAUAAUUUUGCACCAACCUUAUAAUAUUAUUUUAUUAGGAGUUUUGGUGAUUACAGCUCUUUAUCACUCCAUGCUUGGAAUGCGAGUUAUAAUUGAAGACUAUAUACCUGGUAUAAAACUUCGUAUUGGAUUAAUCAUAUUUCUUCAGAUAUUUUGUAUUAUAACCUCAGUAUCAUUCAUAGUAGCAUUAUUUUAUACUAUGGUUAUAGCUGAACAAUUGCUAUAAACGUUAGUCGCUCUCGAUAGAAUAACCACUUUAUCUUUUACUCAAACUAUAUAGCUAUAAGGAACACAUUAAAUGCCCAAGUCUUAUAAUAUUAUUCACCAUGAGUUUGAUGUAGUAGUAGUUGGAGCAG